AGAUUGUACAUAUUAAAGCAAUUCUGUGCAAUGGUUCGACAAGUUUUUACCGGUUCCAUGAUUCAUGCAGAUGAAAAGGAAGAAGUGACUUUUCAGGACAACGUUGCGAUACUUGUCGAGGAUGGCAAGAUUAUUGAUGUUAUGGAAAAUCCAGAUCAACAGAAGAUAGAUGAUUUUCACGCAGAUGAAGUUAAUAAUUCAUCACCAGGACAAUUUAUAGUACCUGGAUUUAUCGAUUGUCAUACUCAUGCAGUGCAGUUUCCGAAUCUUGGAUUAGGUUUCAAUAAGACUCUCUUAGAUUGGCUGGAAACUUAUACUUUUCCAUUGGAGAGGCAGUAUACUGAUCAAGAACUUGCAGAAAAAGUGUUUGAAAUAGUUGUGAAACGAACUUUACAAACUGGUAUAACAACAGCAUGUUAUUUUGCAUCUCUUUAUACCGAAGCGUCUACGCUUCUCGCAGAGAAGUGUUCACAGUUUGGUCAACGGGCUUUCAUCGGAAAAGUUAACAUGAACACUCCACGGGAUGAUGGAUAUUACGAAACCACGGAAAAAUCAAUUGAGACUACUAAGACUUUUAUAAAAGCUGUCGAACAAAUAGGAAAUCCCCUUGUGAGACCAAUUAUCACACCAAGAUUUGCAUUGAAGUGCGACAUGGAAUUAAUGCAAGAGCUGGCAGAGAUUGCUAAAGAAAAAGAUUUACAUAUACAGAGUCACAUUGCUGAAACUGAAGACCAGCUAAAAAGAAUAAAAGAAAAAUUUGGAGAAACUACAUGCACAGCUGUUUAUGAAACCGCUGGUCUUCUUACCAAGAAGACAAUAUUAGCGCAUGGAAUUUAUCUUGAGGAUAGCGAACUUUACACACUUGCGAAACGAGGAACAGCUAUAAUUCACUGUCCGUCUUCGAAUAUAAAUCUGAAAAGUGGUCUAUGCGAUGUGCGGAGACUAAAAGCUAAUAAUAUCGACGUCGGUCUCGGAACAGAUGUUUCUGGUGGAUCAAGUUACAGCAUCUUGGAUGAAAUGAGAUCGGUUUUACAUGUAUCAAGUUCUCUAUCUCUAACGGGACAUGAUAAUGUACCAUUUGACUACAAAGAUGUGUUCUGUAUGGCAACAUUAGGAGGUGCUAAAGCACUUUCGAUUGAGGACAAAGUCGGUAAUUUCAUGCCAGGCAAAGAAUUUGAUGCUCUCGUCAUAGAUUUGAACGCAGAAAACAGCUUACUGGAUAACUUCAGAAAAUACACACUCGAGGAAAAUCUCCAAAGAUUUAUGUAUUCGGGGAAUGAUCAUAAUAUAGUGUCUGUUUAUGUAAAAGGUAGAAAAGUUAAGUAAAAAACAUCUUAUUUUAUAAGAUGUUACUUUUGCACUGUUACCAUUAAACGUUAAUUCAGUAAUGUGAAUAAGCUGUUUAAUAAAUUAUAA